CACUGGCCGGUUUUGGAGCAGGUGAUUUCCUCGAAUUGAAGAGGCGGAAGGUAAUCUUUUAAAAAGAGCUGACCGGAGCAACUCCGGCUCCAGAACAGAAUGUAACAAGAGGCGAUGAGCGUGUCAGGACAGUGUAGGGACAGAGAGCUCACUCAGGGACUCCGGCUCCUCCAACACGGAGUUUGCUCACUCACAAAACAGCCUCACUCUCUCAACAAGGUCCCCUUCGCUUGGGCUCUCUACCAACUGAUUUCUCUCUGCUUUUGUCCUCUCUUCAGCUUCUUAUUUCGAUGCAGAAGGGUUGGUGACUUUUCUGUACUGCACUGAAGUCUCGAGCUAUGGGAGACCACCCAGGACCUUUAUGGUUAUAGGGAUGGUGGCAGACAGCAACCUGACUGCCAGAGCUGCAAAGGCCAGAGAUCGACUGGAGCCUCAGGUACUGGAGGUUGUGGAACAAGAUGCUGUUGAGGCUGAACUUCAGCUGCCUGAGCAUGGACACCAGCAGGCAGCAAGGGCCAGCCCCGGAAACAAGCGGGUGGAAACCCACUUCAGGACAUUCAGAACUCAGUCGGACUAUGAAAUCAUCAAGAGGACUUGUAGGUACCUGGAGAAUUGUGGUUUCUACUGGGGUCCGAUGACAGUGGAGGCAGCUCACAGCAAGCUCAAGUCUGAGCCUGUGGGGACUUUUCUGAUCAGGGACAGCAGUCAACGCAAUUACUUUUUCUCACUCAGUGUCAAAACUGCCAAGGAGCCCAUCAGUUUCCGCAUCCAGUUCAAGGGUGGUCUCUUCUCCCUGGAUGGCAGCAAGGAGUCUUUUACCUGUGUCAUGCAGCUGCUGGAGCACUUCACUAUCUCCCCAAAGAGAUUCCUCUCCAAACCCCUCCGAAAGGUCAGGCCGCAGCCCUUGCAGGAGCUCUGCCGAAAAAGGAUUAUUGAGUCAUUUGGGAAGGAUAACAUUGAGCAGCUUCCCUUGAAUCAUGUCUUGCAGGACUACCUUCAAACAUUCCCCUUUCAGGUAUAAAACCAAAUGGCAGCAUUAACCACCCUGCUCAGCCUGUUCAGGGCAGUGAAAGCCCAGGAUUACUUUUACACUCAAGACAUCUUCUGGGGAUAUCAUUUUGUAGCAUUGUUUUCUAACUUUGGACAAAACUUGAACUAUUUUAUGACUGUUUACAAAUGAAGUAGAUGUUUACACUAUGUGGGAUCCAACUGAUCCCCACUCGGAUUAUUUUCUGCUGUGCAGAGUUGUGUUAUGCAUAAUUCAUGUUCUAAUGAAAUAAAAUUUAUUAAUGAA